UGCAGAAAUUCCAGUGGCCUGAUGAAAGAUCAGGAGCAGAAUGAAUGCCGAGUCCAGUGCUAAAAUACAGCACUGGGUACUGGACAUGGGAGGGCCAAGCUGUGGUUCUGUCAUUGAUUCUAUGGAAGACUUCUUGCCAGCCCACCAUCUUCCCAUUUGGAAUGUGGAAAAUGGGAGUACCUUCCAUAUGGCAGCUGGGCCCAACCCACAAGGAGGUGUGUUGCUUCCCUUGGGUUCAGGUGGUCCACUGAAGAGCCAAAGCUUGAUGAGAGAUUCCUACACCCCUGAUGUAUUUCAGAAGGCAGUCAUAGAUCCCAGGCAUUGGCAUGGAAGGACAAUUAAUGAGCUGGGGAGAUGGUAUGAGAAAUAUUUCCUAGAUCUUAACGUGCAGAAAGCAAUGAAGGAGAAACAUGGGAGGCGUAAAAAAAAAAAAGAUUCCUAG